CGAUGAGAAGUAUUAUGAAAUGGGUAUCUCCGCCCACAGCCCCCACCCUAACAGGGAGAAAAAAUACCAGUCCAGUGUCUCUAUAGAUGACAGCGUCAGUGUUGUGGUACAACUCUGAAAGGAGCCACUUGGGAUGACAAGAUGAUCUUCGGCCUUGAACAGGAGAGACAUUUUUCAGCUGAUAACUUGACUGCAACCUGUGGAAGGUGAUCUAUUCUAUAUGAGAGAGAAACUGUUUGAUGAACUCUGCUGAAGUUGUCAUUUAACAUGCCGUUUCCUUAAAUAUCCAAGAUGCUUUGAUGGAACUACAUACAGGUUUUGGGUGCCUGGCACUCCGAAACAAUGGCGUAGACUCACCAUCUGAAGCAGAGAUACCUGCGGAGAUAUUACCAGGAUAUUUUCAAGGCAUGUUCAUAAAACGAGCAAAUGAUCUUCUGUAAGGGGAUUUGGAGAUGGAUUGAACUGCCCUUCUUGGUGCUCCAUAUCUGCGUGGAUAUUCUCUCAGGAUAGGAUCAGACAGAUCCUCAACUCAUUACUGGCAACAUGCCUUACCAUGAUGAAGAGUACCCAGGUCAGCCACUCUGGCAGUCUGUGCUGCUGUUCUGCUGUAAGGGUAUGAUCGAAGGCAUCAUGGUCAUACUCUUCUUCUGGCUGCUGGUGCAGGUUCUUUUCACCAAGCAAUUAGAAGUUCACCUCCAGAUCCUGCUUAUGGUUGGCCUGAUCGUUUUUUGUCUGUGCUUGAUCCUGGGAUGUAUUAUGUGCUGGAGGAAGAGUAAGAUUUGUCCUUUGAAUGACAAAGAGCCUGUGACGUCAACACCUGCUGAACCCGUGACCCUUGCCCAGAGCCCACCCCUGUCAGCCACCACAGCAGUUGCCAGGCAGCAAUACGAGGAGCUGGAUGGAGAUAUUAUGGAGUACCCUUCCACGUUCAGCAGUCCUGCACCUUCUCACCAUGAAUUUUCCUCUCUGCCGUUCUCUUCUCGUGCCCAUGUUACAUCUGAAUGGAAGGAGCACCCAAAGUCCUACUUUUCCCUGCGCCGCCUCAGCACCCCACCGUUAACAUCCCCCCUCUAUAAGCCCAUAGAUAACAGCCAUACUUCUUUGCCUACACUUCCCAAAUUGGGACUAUUGUCCAAAACACGCAAGGUCCUCGAGAGGCGCUGCACUGUGACUGGAGAUAGCAUUUCCUAUACUGAGCGUAGCAGGCUCACCAGCACCGGUGCCGGUUCUCCCUCCCUGACUGAGGAUCCGAUACCACUGGCUCCACUGACCUAUGGCUCCAGUGCCAGCUGCAGACAGCCUGCCUCACCAAUCCCUUGCCUCCACUUCACUAUGGCCUUCUCUCCAGAGCAGCAAACCCUGACUGUGACUAUUCUCAGCUUGACUGGGACUCCCCACAGACUGGAGGAUGUGUCUGUGCUGGGCAGCCUGCCUCCUCUGUACCCCUGUCCCAUACAAGCCUCCACCCAGCGCAGCCUCAGUCUUGAACCCUAUAGCCUGAUGUUGGUUUUGAAGGUGAGCUCUGUUAAGGAACUCCAAAGAUGCGUUCUGAGAAUAACUCUGUACACGCGGGAGCUGCAGACCCUGAAAGGCUCCACAUUGGGUGAACUGGAAGCCCAGUGUGGAGGAAAAGACUGGAAAGCUGAUCACCCACUACACUUCACUAAAGAGCUUAGCCCAAACAAGUGGAUGCUAAAAAAGAGUGUGAACUCCCAGGAUGCACUGAUGAGCAAGGGGCUUAGCUGCCCACCACAGAUCUUAGGUCAGCUCUUCAUUGUGCUUCAAUAUCAGAAUCUGGUCCACCGCAUCAAAGCCAUGGUUCUCAGAGGAGAUAACCUAGCCAGCCUCACUCACAUGCCUGCAGCACCAGAUUAUCAUUUGAUGAUCAAUCUGCGGCAUGAGGGAGUGGUGAUCGGCACCAGGGAAAGCAAAGGAGGGUCCAACACUGUGUGGAAUACGCCUUUCCUGUUUGACCUGCCUCCAGGAGACGUUAGCCAGCUGCCCCUCAUGAUGGAGUUCAUCAUCAUGCAGGAUCAGGCCCAUUCAAAGAGCACAGUGCUUGGGCGGGUCCUGAUUGGAUCAGAGGCUCCAGAGGCGGGACGUGCACACUGGAGGGACAUGUGCAGCCAGGGCCAGGUGGAGAGGGCACGUUGGCACACGAUACAACCAGAGCCUCUGUAAAACUCUGCCAGAGAGGUCUGUGCUGUAAAACCUAUUUUGUGCUCAGUGGGUCAGAGAUGUGAACCCCGUCAAACUCUGCGGGCACUGGAAUAUCCAAAAUGGGGCAUUAUACUGUAGGUCACCUUCGCCAUAAACUCCACACAGCUGUGCUCAGCCAUAUCACAUUACACAUUUUACUGAUGCUUCCCAUAUGAUGGGUGGAUAGCUGAGCAAUUAGAGGGGAAGGCAGGAUUGAGUAGUGCUUUGCUUUAAAAUGGCCUAAAUACAGAGUAUUAACCUGUGUAUUAACCUAUGGGAGAGUAUUGUAAAUGCAUAGUGUUACUGUAAGUACUUAAUGAAAAUCUCUCUCAGGCCUACAUCACUUUCAAAGGGGCAACAUGUAAGUACAAUUUUCAAUAAGUAUUUACACACUGGUACUUUGUGCAGAACUUUUUCAUAUGUGUUUAUAGGCCUAUUAUAAGCUUAUUGUGAGUGUUAUCUAGGAUUAGCAUAAAAAACUUACUGAGCUGUGCACAAUUUUGGGAAUUACUUUUCAAGCAAAAAUCACUAAUUCACUAAUGACUGACUAUUAAAUUAGAUGUGUUAAGAAAAUGCUCCACAGAUUUUUUUUUUUUUUUUUUUUCUGUUGUUGCAAGACCAUCAAGCCAUGUGGCUAUACAAGCCAAAAUAAUAGUAAUAAAAAGUCAUUUAACAUUUUUCAUGCCUUUAUUGAUACACUAAGUUUAUAUUUCUAAUGGAAACAAUCACUACAUUUUAUAAAUUUAAUACUGAUUUACCAUAGCAAAUAUCAGUUUUAUACCUGAUCAACGUACAUAUUGUUGAAAUUCUUGUUCUGAAUCCAAUGAUACCAAGCAUUUGAUAAACUAGUUUUAUUAAAUAUAGACAUUUGUAUAUCAGGUGUUAUGCAACAAUUUUUAGGUUUCAGCUGAAAAAUACAAAACCCUUAUUGUAAAAAAAAAUGUCGCCAGAGAGUCCUUAUUAAUAACUACUACAAAUAAGAAAAAACAGUUCAGUGGCGUUUGAUGGAUUUUAAAAAAUCCCAACGGCGUUGUGCUCAUCUCAGCCAGCACGAUAAGUCCUGUGAAGGGUUAAUGAGAGCGAGAAAACACAUGGAAUGCCAUUCAUCUCUCUGUCAGAGAAUACUGACAGAAAAAAAAUGUAAGGGUUAGUGAACUUAUGAUAUAGUCUACAUACAGAAAUAUCAUAUUAAACAAAUACUGUAUGGCUUCACUGUCAAAUUUAUUUCUAUAACCCUUCAUCACAAAUCCGUGACGACAAGCUGGAGUGACACAUUUCAUCGUUCAGUUGAUGUGCAGGUAACGUGAAGCACACAAUGUACAUUUCAUACUCUCAUGUAUCUUUCUCUGUUAAUGCAUAAUUCUUGGCAGAUAAAUCCAAAUGCUCUUGUCAGCUGUAGAAUUUUAUAAAUGGAAAAAUGAUGUGCAUAACCAUAUCAUAACUAUCAAUACUAC